UGAAAAACGUUCAGCGAAACUGAUUUGUGAAGUAAAAAGAUACAUAGCAGUCUGUUUGUGUUACUGCUUGUGAGUUAGAACGACUUUUACAAAACUUUUGAAACGAAAUGGAUGUCGCCACGUAUUUACAGUGUUUUGAAAACAGUUUGACCUCAUACUCAGGUGACGACCCUUUGGAUCCAUGGAGCAAGUUUGUCGAGUACCUGGAGCAGAAACUCCCUGCAGAUGGUGGCAGCGGGAUGUCGCUGGUGUUUGACCGUCUUGUCCAGAGAUUUCUGAAUGUUGAGCAGUAUGCAAAUGACAUCAGAUAUGUGAACUACUGCAUCAAAUGCGCGAGUUAUUAUUCCGACCCCAUCUCGCUGUAUAGUCACGUUUUUAGUAAGGGCAUCGGCACCAGGACUGCUGCCCUUUAUGUGGCCUGGGCACAGCAGUUUGAACAGAGGGAACUGAAUGAACAGGCUGAUGCAGUGUACCAGAAAGCACUGGAGAACCAGGCCCAGCCAGCUGACACUGUUCACCAUGAGUACAGGAAUUUUCAAACAAGAACCAGAAGCCAGACGUCAACACCAGCAGGAGGACGAAAUCCUUUACAAAACUCCCAUUUAACCAAUCAGAUGUCAUCCUACAGAGAGCCUGUGGCUCAGAACAAGGUGCCUGUGGAUUGUCCAUCCAAACCACCUGCAAAUGCAAUGACUGUGAUUGUAUCCCGCUCUGAAACUUCAGGGAAGAUUCCUUCCAGUCAGGGCUCCGGUGUUCAGACUGUGUCAGCGUACAUAGAGGACGAACUCGUAUGUGAAGGAUCUGAACUUUGCUUUGAGGAGGUCAGGGCGGAGAAAUACUUCCGUAAGCUCCGGGAGAAACGAGAGAGGGAGCAGGAAGAAAUCAUGGAGAAGGCGCUGAAGGAGAAGGAGGAGAGAAUCCAGAGCAUUAAAUGCAUGUUGGAGUCAGUCAACCAGGGUCUGGAGGGCCUUGGAGGUUUCACCAGCCAGGCUUCAUCUCAGAGGCUGCCUGUAGCAGAAGCGACCAACAGUUUCCUCCCAGAUCCUCCCCAGCAGUCCUUUGGGCGUCCUCGACCCUCAAACCGCCUGAGCAGCAGGCGCUCUCUUGGCUUGAGGUUACACACCGAGCCGACCUUCAUCCAGGAGGCCACUUACAUCCCUGAACCUCCUCCUCAGCAGCAGCAGCAGCAGAGGACAGCUGACACAAACGCUCUGAGCUCCGAGGUAUCCCAUCAUCCCUCUGUCCUGGCUGACUGCAGCAUUCAUCAGUCUGCAGCGACGUCGGUGCCCACAGAUCUAGAGUCCGUCGUUCAGGCCUCGAUGGUCCAGUUUCAGUCAGUUCAGCAGCCUGUGAGCUUCGAGCAAGCGAACGUGUUGCCUCACAGAUCAGCCUGCGUCUCCACUGGGAAUGCUGACGUUUUCUACCAGGACGCUCGGGUUCAGCUCAGCAGCUCAAUCAACUGCCGACCCCCGGAGCACCACGCAGCACAUCAGGACGUCAGUGAGCCACCAGAGCCUGAGGAGAAGCUUAAUGUGUCACAGGGAGGCACAGCCAACCUGUCACACAUCACCCCUAACAAUUCACUGGGCUUUGUUCAGGCCACACCAUCAAGGGUGCUGCCGUCACCCACUGUGAACACACGGGAAGCACUCGGUGUGAUCAUGGACAUGUUCCAGGCCCCGACGUUUCUAGAAGAGCCGUUCAGCAACACGUCGGCGCUCCAUGCUGUUGAGAAAGAGUUUGACGCUGGAUGCUCAAGAUACGGAGGUGUCUCUGCACCUGCUGUGCCUCCCACUGCAGCUGCAUUCACCAUCUUUCAGGACGACAAUGACAAAGAAAACGGCAGUGCUGCUGCUCCCGCUGCCACCGAGAAGUCCAAACCAGUCAGAGCUCUGGCUGAAAUCACAGUGGCGAAUGCAGACAAACCAAAUGACACCCAUCCGGACCUGAUGCCGGAUGAGAGCACCAUGUGGGGCGCUCGCUACAACUCCCUCAACUCUCUGGCUGCUUGUCCAAACAGCACCACAGACUUCGCCAUGUUGGCCCAGUGUGUCUCCACUCCGUUCACACACAAAACUCCUUUCGGCAACUUUUUCGAGGACCAAGAAAACAACUGUGACGGCGAUGAUGCUGAUGAAGAAGCUUUUAUUAGACGUCAGACCAAAAAACUCAGCCCCAUCAUGGAACAGAGUCCGUCUGAUGAAACCGCCAUCAGUCAGCUGGUACCUUCCUCCGUGAGACAGGGCACCAUCGUUGGUGAGGGGCUGGCCACCACCCAGCACUGCCUCACCUCCUCCUCCAUCACCAUGGUGCAGCCUCCUCCUCCCGCUAAGCUCUCCUUCAGAGACCAGACUCUGUGUCCCACUGACUCCUCCAGGACUGCAGGACCUGGCUGGGAAGUGUAUACGAGUCCCGAGCAGCCUCCAAAAUCAGCCUCUCUGAUUUCAGUCCGACCCAAAAGCGAACCUUUUAAGAUCAUGGAAGAUUUAGACAAACCUGCCAGCCCUGAACGAGUCCAGAGUCGAGUCUGUGAUGUUCCCAUGAGCCCUGAGUGUGCUCUCAAGCCGGACUGGCUCACUGUCAGAAGCCCAGAGGCCACAGUCGAGCCAGACCUCGACGCCUUUUUGAGUCCGUCUCGCCCCAACAAAGCAGAUGUGACCUCCACCAACAGCCUGGACGUCCCCAUGAGUCCAGAACAACCGCAGCUCUGUGCUGACGUGCCCAUGAGCCCGGCAGAGCUGCCUCGGGUCGGCGUUGUGGAUGAACCCAUGAUGAGUCCAGACAGAGGGCCGAGGCAGAGCGCUGACGCGUCCAUGAACAGAGCGACCGCCAGGACAGGAGCAGCACAGCUGAUGUCAGACCCCUGGGAUGAUGAACUGAUCUCUAAGCUGCUGUCCUCACUCACCCCGCCGCUCACCUCUCACCCUCACUGCAUCACCUGGCAGUGUCACCUGCCCAGCAUCACCCCGAAGAUGACCAUCAGCAUGGGAAAUUCGUCCCUUCGAGUCGACUACGUUCUAGGAGAGGGAGCUUUUGCAACAGUUUACCAGGCUACAAACCCCAUGACGUCAGAGAGGACGGUUUUAAAGGUUCAGAAGCCGGCGAAUCCCUGGGAGUUCUACAUCAACACUCAGCUGGACGCUCGAGUGCAGCCCGACAUCCGCCACCUCUACAGCAGCAUCCGCUCUGCUCACCUCUUCAACAACGGGAGCGUGAUGCUCACAGAGCUUCACAACUACGGCACUCUGCUGAACGCAGUGAACAUCUAUAAAACCCUCAGCGACAAGGUGAUGCCUCAGCCUCUCGUCAUGUACUUCACCGUCUGUAUCCUGCACAUGGUGGAGCAGCUGCACAGCGUCGGCAUCAUCCACGCCGACAUCAAACCUGACAACUUCAUGCUGGGAGAGAGGUUCCUGGAGAACAAGUGUUUCGACUCGGACAGCGUGGACCACGGCCUCGUCCUCAUCGACCUCGGACAGAGCAUCGACAUGGAGCUUUUCCCAGAAGGCACCGCUUUCACCGGCAAAUGUUUGACGUCCGGUUUUCAGUGUACCGAGAUGCUCAGUGGGAAACCGUGGAACUAUCAGACGGACUACUUUGGAAUAGCAGGGACUGUCUACUGCAUGCUGUUUGGGACCUACAUGCAGGUCACGAAUGAAGGCGGCGUGUGGACGACUAACGGUGUCUUUAGAAGGAACCCCCACAGCGACUUGUGGCUGGACUUCUUCCACACUCUGCUCAACGUGCCGGACUGCGGCUCGCUGCCCAGCCUGCGGAGCCUCCGCUGUAAGCUGACGUCCGUCCUGCAGCAGAACUACAGCAGCAAACUUCCUUCGCUGAAGAGCCGCCUGGUGGUGCUGCUGCUGGAGAACCGCAAGGCAGCGCGGAGAUGACGGAUGUCCUCCUCUUACUUUUCCCCUCCAUUCAUCAUGUUUCCUUUCCCUCCUUCCGUCUGUUCUCAGACUCCAUUUGUGCUCGAUUGAACUAACACAGAAUCUGUUUUAUUUAAAAUGUUACAGCUGAAACGUCACCGCAGACGGAUUCUAGCAGCUGAUCAGAAUUUGUACCUGUAAAAAAUGUAAUUUUUGUUUAGUUGGCUUUUAUCUUUUAUCUGCUUCCAGUUGUGGGAGUGAGAAGCAUUUUUCUCUGGUGAAGAAUAAACUUUGUGUUGAAGUUUA